AUAUGGCAAGUUGAUUAUUGUCCAGGUGAUAUUUUCAAUGACUAACCGUUUUGUCAUCCUAUUCUUUGCUGUCUUAGCUAAAUCUGAAAACAUUGGCAAAACAAUAGUUAUCAACGAAACUUAUUCUACAAUAGAACUUUAUAAUCAAACAAUUUCAAAAUGUGAGACUGAAAUAAAUGAACUGAGUGCUUGUCUCACUGUUGUUGCUAAAGAAUUGGAUAUUGGAUCACAAAAUGCACAUUCUCUGAUAAAUAAAACUUAUAUGUUGUCAAUGAUUGACGGAUUUAAGAAUGCAACUUGUUUUAGCUCACCAGCUUGCACGGAAGUGAAAGUCUUGAAAUACUUCCACGAUGCUGUUUUUUAUAUUGGUAACAAAGUUUACCGGGAAGGAUUUGAAUGCAUGACACUGGAAUUCAGUUCCAUUACCACGAAUGCGCAGAAAUGCUAUGAGAAGAUGGUGUCCAACGAGGAAAAAUCACAAUUUUCAUUAUCGUUCUUGAUGAGAGGAGUUGCUGACUGUGCAUUUUCGCAUUUGGUUUGCCCUCCUGAUGAAAUAACAGCAUUAAUGUCUGCUGCCAAAAAGGUUGUCAAACUGAUGGAGUUCUUCGACAAACCCGACAUGCUUUAUGAAAAAAUCCAAACAUCAAUAUCGCAAAUUUCUAAAGAACAACUGAUUCAAGUUGUCAACAAUUUGGCAUAUUUAACUUUUUAAUUGUCACCAAUUUUGAAAUAUACAUUCUUUGUUUUGAAAUAUAUGCUAAAAAUUUGCAUCCC